GCUGAGAUGUUUCGGUCCAUAGCCAGCCCCCUGCGUCUCACCCACUAACCCACACAGACACUCCCCCCACAUCCACUGACACACCGGCACUGCUCUCCUCAGCAUCUCUGAAGAGAAACACAGCACACACUCCUGCGCUUCAGCUCGCCUGAAAGAAGAAGGUAAUCAGCACGUGUUCCAGGAGAGCUCGAGCUAAAUCAAGAGAACUAAGAAGGCAAAGGAUACAACCAACAGAGCUGGCUGGCUUAUGAGGCUUCCACGUAAAAGAAAGAGCAGUGCAGAAGACCAGACAGACAAACAGACCAUCAGAAGAACAGAAGAGGAGAAAGAAAAAAAAGAAGUUCCUUCUUGACCAAAGUUGCCUCUUGAACAAAAUAUCACCAAAGAUGUGAGGUGUUCUGCUUCUCCGUGCUCAGGUUUGAGGGAAGACCCACCAGAAAGUUAAUCUGAAGAUCACACCAUGAGUUGUGUGCCUUUGUUAACUUCUCUCCACAUCUCAAAAGCGGAGCUCUCCAUGAGACGCAGCGUGAGAUGGUUUCAAUCAAAGCCUAACUGACUGGAUAAUAUUUCUUGGACGAGGCUUUCAGCCUUUUAUGCCUCCCCAGCCUGAACAUUAAUGCCCACGAUGAAGACCUACAAUUAAGCUAGAUUGUUCAUUUUAUGGGACAGAAAUGACCGCGCGAACGGUGGCAAAGUAAGUGUGAGCCGGCUGGAUUGUGAGUAAUUUAGGCGUUUAAAAUGAAGGAAUGAUUGCAGUGUCUGUGUGCUGCGGGCACUUACUGCAGCCAGCAUUUUUCCAGAGACUCAUUUGGGCUAGUUAAUGCUCCAGGGGGACACAGAGGCACGUUCUUAUGGAUCUGAGAGACGAGUGUGUCACCUUUAAGGGUGAGAAAGCUCCUGCUGACCACAUCUCCAGCGCUCUGCUUGCCCCUAAGCCUCUGCCUUCCCCCAGCACAGCACUGAAACAGGGUCUUGCAGCUGGCUUUAAGAAGGUUCUUCGUACGGAGGAGGACAGCCCAAGUCCGUUUCCAGGUGUGCUGCCCGGCAUCCUGGAGAUGAGAGUCAAGGAAGGCAGCAAGAUCCGCAACCUGAUGGGUUUCGCCAUGGCCCGGAUGCAGAGCGAGUCUGGCGACAGCGGCCGGGCCGGGCUACGGCAGGUGGUGUUCGCAGGUUCGGGUCGAGCUGUCACCAAAACCAUCACCUGUGCUGAAAUCAUGAAGAGAAAAGUGGGCGGUCUGUACCAGCUCACCAAACUACAGUACAAAGGCGUGCAGGAGGUUUGGGAGAGUCAGGAGGGAGGCGAGUCAGAGAUGACCGUCCACAGGACCGUGCCCUCCAUCAGUAUCCUUCUCUCCAAGGACCCUCUGGACCCACUGGAACCAGGAUACCAGCCCCCUGAGACCCAGUACGCUCUGUGGGAGGAGAGGGGUGGUGCGGACGUGCUACAGCCAGGAGAGAAAAGACCGUUUAAGAACAAUAUCAGUGAAACACAUUCGAAACGAUUCUGUCCUCAAGGUGGGGUCACUCUUUGAACACGUUUGAACAAUGGUUUUGUUUUUUAAGAUCUUUUUAAUCCAUGUUUUUUUUUUUCACUCCACUGUGAAUUCUAUUGUGUUCCAUAAAACAGCUAACAGUAGAAAACUGUUCAAAACUAUUCAUAUUAAUGUACAGUAAAGUUUAAAUCUCCUCCUCUUAUAAACAUACCAUUCAAGAGUUCCUCAAGCCUCAAAAGUCAGUCAUGGAGUUGAGCACCAGAACUACGUUUCUAUUUGGUCUAGAUCAGUUAUUCUAAUCACACGUACUGCUGUGACACUGUGAAUGCACAACCUUGAGGAGUGCUCCAUUACUGCUAUAACCUGAUAAACCUUUUAAAGAGGUUGAUGGCUUCAUUUGUAGCCAAGCCACAAAUGGCUUCACUCAUAAUAAACAAAAUACAAAGUAAAUUCAGCACAACACAAUGUCCUCAUCCCUCAGUUUCUGCUUCAUGUUUUUUCUCUGUGUUUCUUUUCCAGUACAAUUGAACAGAAAUGCAUUCAUAUUCCUGUUUAAAACUGAUUUAAUGGACUCUGAACAUUCUUAUUGCACUAAAGCAGAAAGUUAAAUGAUACUUAUUUGCUUGAUGAGUACUGUAGCUUCACUCUUAACCUUACAAAAACAUUAUUCUUACUAUAUUGGAUAUUAGACACAUUGGGUAAUUGUAAGGUAGACUAUGUCAAUGCCACAUUUUUUUUUUAUCAUCAUCUGUUUAAUUUAUUUAUGUUUUCUAGUAAUUUUGUGUUUUUACCUUGUGUUAAAAUGACAUGAUGAAUGGACCAAUAGAAAUGCUCCAAAAGAAUAAAAUCUUUUUUUACAUUAACUUCCACUGGAGGUUAGAAUAA